UCCCUCGGCUCCCGUGUCGACCGCCCCUGCAGCGGUCCUGGGAACCCAACGCCGCCACGUCUGGCACCUCAACUCACAUCUGGCACCUCAACUGUCGCGUGGCGUCUCGGCCAGGGGUCCCACAAGGUGGCUCCCCAAGGUUCUGCCUAGGGUCCUCUCCGCGGCGCCCGAGAGCCCGCAGGAGCGGGUGGCUUGGCCUGCUUGGGCUCCGAACCGCUGAGGCUCCACCAGGCAGUUGCGGAAGCGACGGACGGCCAGGACCUCCUGCCUUGCGCAGCGGGGCGUGGAGGAGGCGACGGCGAGUGCCGCGGUGUGGGCGAGCGGGCCGAGUGGUCCCCGCAGCCUCCCGACCCGACCAUGCACUGGCUGCGGGGCUUCGUGCUGGAGGCGGUGGCCUGCCAGGAUGACGACCACUACUUACGCCACGGGAUCCUCUUCGAAGACCUGGACCACAAAGGGGGCGGCGUGGUGGACAUCGUGGAGCUCCAGGAGGGGCUGAAAAACUGGAGCUCCGCGUUUUACCGGAACUCCGAUGAGAAACCUCUGCACCAUGAGAGCCAAGUGGAGGAAGAAGCGAAUGCGCAGGCUAAAGCACAAAAGAAGAAAGAUGAGGCAGAGGUCCAAGUAACCGCUACUUGUUGCACCGUGGAGGCCACGGGAGCAGAAACAUGGGAUGCCAGACACCGAGGAUGCUGGUACAAGUUGUGAGACUGCACGCUACUGUCUAGAGCUUGUUUCAGUGGAUCUAGAACUUCAUUGCCAUCUGAUCGCCAGUCACCUCUGAGACCCACCUUGCUCAUAACCAGGACUGCCCAUGUUGUUCUUUUGCCCUGGACCUGUGACAGUCUGGACUAUUUCUGUGUUUGCUUGUGGCCAAGUGUAACAACCAUACAAUAAAUCACCUCUUCUGCUGUCAGCUGAAGAAUUAAA